AUGCAACCCAAUACCUUUUCGAUGCAGGAAAUCAUCCGUCAGAACUAUGAUGAGGCUAUUGAGCGAGAGGAAGAGGGAGGAAGUGCCGAGACACCCUUUGUUUUCACCAUUCCCAAAGGAACACCUAUCCCGGGCCAUCUGAUUCUUAUCAAUGAGUACUUGGCUAGGUUCUCCCUUCAACCGUCCCGCGCCAUGUCUCUCAAAGAACUGAAUCGAUCGUUGGACGAGUUUUAUGACAAGAACGCCAUUAAGGAAACCCCGGGUGACUGGAUAGACGGGCACCCUUACGAGGACGCCUUGGAUGAAGGGCUCGAUGAAACUUGGAUGGCUAAAUGA